AUGGCAGGCCAGGAGCCUCUGCGACAGUUUCGGGAUGUCAAAGAUGCCGUCUAUCGCUAUGACGCCGUUUUCGCGGCAAUCAAAUCGCCAACUGAGAUUUAUGAGGACAAGUUGAGAUCGAUCCAAGAUCGCAUCGCGCAAAUAUGGUCCGAAUUACCGUCGGCGCCGCCGGACCAAAUGUCCAGGCUUCAGGAAAACCUGAUUGAGCUGGGCGGCCAGAAGAAGGAACUGGAAAUCGACCAAAAGAACAAUAUUGAGCACUAUAAGAGAGUUCACGCGCACAAGAUCCGGCAAACCAUGGACUCGUUCCGCGACCAUCUCUUUCAACUCAUGGGACCAUCCAGCGGCCAGUCUCAAUUUCAGAUGACGCCUGACACUACACGGCUUGGGACUGAUCGAGUUGAGAGCGCGCCCAUCGAACCCGAGUUUCCUGAGCCAGCACCUAUUGUUCCUGUUUCUGCAGAUGAUGAGAUGGACGAUGGACCAAUGUUUGAUGAUAGCCUGAUGGAUGACACCAUAGAUGACACCAUGGAAGACGGUGCUGAUCACGAACCUGCGCAAGACAUCUUACCCCAGGAGGACAGUGUGAUGCAAGAACCUCUUGAGACUGAACCCCACAACGAAGAACCCCUAGAAGAGCCGCCUCCAGAAAACCCAACAGCAGACGAACCUUUCGAAGCGGUUCCUACCAAUGGGGAACCUGCCCAAGAUGAAACUGCUGGAGAUGAAACCGUUGAGGAACCGGCAGAGGAAGAGACUAUGGAGACGGCGCCCGCCAACAGGGAAGCUGGCGCGGACAGUACUGUAGAGCCUGAUGGCGACCAAGCUGCAGAAGCAGAAGCAGAAGCAGAAGCAGAAGCAGUCGAGCGAGAACCUGUCGAUGAUAAGCCUAUCGCAAGCAGGACUCGAAAGCCUCGCAAUCGAAUAAAGGCAUCGAGCCGAGAUAUUGCUGCCCGCGAAGAUAUUUCUGCUCGUCAUGCCAGAUAUACCUUCAGUCCAUCACCGAGUCCGGCCGCAGAAACCAUCACAGUACAAGCGGACGAGUCUGAUGAUGAUUCUGAUGACGAGGAAGAAGUAGAAGGGGAGGAUGAAGAAGAGGAUGAAAAUGAGGACGAAGACGAGGACGAAUCGUCAGAAGAAGAGGAUGAGGUAUCUGAAGCCGAAUUCUCUGAACCUGAAGAAGCUCCCCCGUCACCACGACAAACGAGAUCAAGAGGAACCAAACGCAAGGGAAACUUCUCGAGCCCGGUGUCGACAACCAAACGCCAAAAGUCCGAACGAGCAUCAUCUACCAACAAAGAGACACAAAAGGACGCACCAACAACAGAGUCAACACGACGCCAGACGCGACUAAGUCAGCGACAUCAGGACACGACAGGCACUGACGAAUUCAAGGGGAUUACCGACCCAAAAUGCGGAAAGGUCUAUUUGACAUACUGGGACAAGACCAAAGAAUGGCUUGCUGUCCUCAUUCUGCCUAUGGGCAGUUUCGACAAGAUCGGAAUUCCUGGAUCUAUCGAAACCUGCGGCUUGGCAGAUUCCCUUCCACCUUGUUACCAGUAUGAUAAAGUGUCCCGAGAAUACAAAUGGGCCAAACCUUAUGAGACUGGGAACCGUCUCGUCAACGAACGCAUGUUUCCAGUCAUGUACUUUGAUGGUCGAGACUUUCCUAACAGGAGUGCCAUCGACUGGAUUGACGCAAAGGACUUGCGGAGAUUCAACCCAAAGCUCAACAAUGAUCUUCUUCCUCACAUCAAAGAGGUCGACAAAUAUAUAAAGGCUGACCCGGCCAGAACAGCUUUGCAGGAAGAUGACGAAGAUGGCGAGGGAGUGCUGCAAAAAGGGGCAACUGAGUCCCAAGCACCGAAUCCAAAAGAACCGAAGUCGAAGAAAAAGAGCAAGUCGAGUGAAAACAAGACUUCAAAAUCCAGCAAGGCCAAGACAAAUUCAAAGAAGCAGGCCUCAGCAACAGAUGCACCAACAGAAGCCCCAACAGAUACAGCACCAGAUACAGAGGUUCCCAAGGUAAUCCCUACGCCGGAACAAAUGGCAGCACACAGGGCAGCAGCACUGAAGCCUCAAGUUCUGAGGAUGAUUGGCCACCAUAAUACCUCGGGCAUAUCAAAACCUAACCAGGCCGCAACCUCGAAGCCAGCAACGCCGGCGCCUGCGAAAUCAAACGAGAAAGACCCAAAUGGUCGGCCUGCAUCGAAACCACCGUCUCAUAAGCCAGCAGGGCCGAAGUCAUCAAGCUCAAAGCCAGGAACGGCGAAUCCUGCGAGACCGGCGGGGAAAGGUCCUAAUCAGCAUGCAUCACCAGCACAAAGAUCGUCGGGUUCGAAGACCCCGGCUGCUUCAGAUCCCAGACCAAAGCCCACAAGACCUGCAGAAAAAGAAUCACACCAGCCUCCCCCGAAGCCAUCAGCAGCAAAGCCAGCAACAGCGAGACUAGCCGAGAAGAGCGCAAGCCAGUCUACCCCAAAGCCACCAGUAGCAAGAGCCGCGUCGAAACAAACUGAGAAAGAAUCAAAUCAGACUGCAGCAGGUCCAUCAGCACCGAGACCUGCCGAGAAUCGUCAAACCAAUCAGGUCCAGACAAGAGCCAAGCCAACGGGUCCGCGGCCAACAGUAACGAGGGCAGCAUCAGGGACACCUGCCGAGAAGGAGCCUAGCCAGCCCGUCUCAAAGCCGGCGGCACCAAAGCCAACAGCGCCGAGGCCAGCUGAGAAGGAAUCAAAUCCACCUCCGCCUAAGCCAACUGAACAGCGCCCGAACAAGCCUGCUCAGAGCAAGCCUAAGGCACCUGUAACUGCGGAACCUGAAGUUCCUCCUCCAGUCUCCGAUGAAAUUCAAACGGAAUUUGAGACGGCGGUAUUUGAGCCUCAGGAUGAUGAGCCUGCUCCAGUUCUGGAAGAGGACUCUCCAGCUCCUCCUGUCCAGCAACGAGCUACUCCUGUUCAGCAACAGGCUCCCCAGACCAGUGCUGACCCUCCGCCUCCGCCUCCACCUCCAGUUCCAAGAGCACCAUCAGCGCCGCCAAGGCCUCAGUCAGUUCCGCACCCCAGUAACGUCUCUCGUCCCUUGCCAGCACCUUCGCCAGUGCCAAGGCCUGCAAGUACCAGGAAUCCGCCACGGCCACUACCUGGUGAAGAUGUCAAGGAGGAGAAAAAACCCAUCAUCGUUAUUGACAUUUCGGAUGACGACUCAGACGCUGAAAACAAUGCCGCUGCUGCACGCACCUUGUCACAGCGGGCUUCCCGAGCUCAAGUUAUCCAACAGUUGACUGCCGCUCUCGCAGCUGACUUUACCGAUAGCCAGCAACGAACGACGGCAGCCCAACGUACUGACGCGGAUCGCCUCGCGGCGGUUGACAUCGCGCUGGCGGCACUGGGGCGGGAUGAACCAUUGAAUACGUCGGCUGGACAGGCGUGGGAUCGGAGAUCUCAUGAUGCGACACACAGGCCUGCGCAAGGGGAUGUAGAGAGAGCACGUGCAGCAAUCUACACCUCAGUUGUGACAAACCCGCCUCUGCCAGAUCAGCACCAAGCACAAGUGGCAAACCCGAACCGGAACUUCGGUAGGCAGCUUGGCUCUGGAUCACUCCCAAUCCCGCCGACACAGCCGUUGCCAGGACCCAUGGAGAUCGAUAACUAUGCGCCACACCCUCCAUACAGCGCAGGGCCGAGUCCAAUAAGCCAAGCAUGUCGCCAGCCUCCUCCUGACCAGUAUGCACAUCUGCAGCAGCCCCAGCCACGACAAGGGCAGGUUUUUCAACAACAGCUCCUGACAGAGUACACGAAUGCUACGCCCAGCCACCCAGAAAACUCAUCUCGGCGGGCAAGUUAUGAUCAGACAGCACGGAUACCUGAACCUCCUCCCACGACUCAGUACUGGCAUACGCAAGGGCGAUUACAGCAGACAGGCGAUCCCCAACAGUCACAUCAGAAUCAAUAUCAGCCAAGCCAAGCGCAUGCUUCCCCUAUGUCCACUACAUCUUCGAUUCACUAUCCGCGACCUGAUUCUCAACAACAAUAUACGUCUCACCAGGCGGCUCCCUCACAAUAUCAGAUUACGCAGUACCAAACGCAACAGUCGCCAGCGCAGUCAUAUAACCAGUCGCCGCAAGCUUAUCAACAGCAGCCUGUGGUGCAACAUCAACAGCCACAACCCGCCCAACAAUAUCAUACCGCCCCUCAGCCAGCCCCGACGCAGCAGUGUGACAUUCUGGCACAAAUUCUGCCAGUUGAGAGACCUACUCAACGCACUCCUUCUCUGGCACACUUGAUGCACAGACAUAUGCAUGAAUCUCCUCACAGCAAUCGUAAUCAGGUGCUGCCGCCACCUCCGCAGGCUUCUCCCCCCAUUCCUUCCGCCCAAGCUCACAACCAGACAUCACAUACAUCUAGUCCAUCCUUUACCAGCCCGUAUGCCGCCCCUAUAACACAGCCUUCACCACAAGCGGGCCAGUUACCAAGUGUACCAACAGUCCCCUCACAGCAAACGACGAUUCUCCGUACCAGCCACGAGUGGCCAACCGCAUAUCAAAACAACCAAGUACAGGCGCAGCAGGCCGGGGCAUCUGCUGAACGGCCUUCAUCGUCUCAUUAUCAAUCCGCACCCUCAAGCCACUCUCGGCCAGCCUCUGGCCACAGGCAAAACGAGCAGCGGCCUCCCGACCAACCAGCAACUCAUAGCGCAUCUCAAUCUUACUCAUCGCCACACUGGAAUCAACAAUCAUCAAGCCAAGCCUCGAAUCUUCCUCCUCCUCGGCCACUCGCGGACAUCGAUCAGCAAUUCCAAGAUCCGAACCUACUGCCACCUUUAGUGUCGAGUAACAGGUCACAAGAACGACCAUACCAGUCUUCUUAUAACCCCUACUCCACCAUUGCUAGCAGUCCGCAACGCCAUGAACCAUCUACAGCUGGAGUACACCCACCUCAGCUUCCUCAACCCCGACAAGGAGGUGCAGGUUUGCCACCGGGUUUCUCUCAACAACAACCUCAUCAAUCAGCACCGGGAGCAGCCUAUCAUCCAGCGCCACUGCGGCAAGUUGAACCAGCUGCUGGACCCGGGCCCUCGCCGAUACAAUCAGUAGCAAGCCCUCAUGAACAACGGGCCUUACCUCCCCAGCCAGAGUCUUCAGCACCUCCGGCAUCACAGUCAUCCGCGCCAACAGCUCCUAAUCAACAAGCUGAGGCUGAGUCUCGUUCGCCCCGUGGUAAGCGAGACAAGCGCGACAAGCUAAACUCAGAGCCGCCGGGGAAUACUCAGCAAUCGGAGCCUGCCAGCACUGAAGCCAACAAAUUUCACCCAUGGGUCCAAGUUGAUCUCAACCUACCCCAGGACCCUCCCGACUGGGGUGACUCAAUGCCAUUCGAUCUUGUAGAGUUCAUUUCUGAGUGGGAGCGCCUUCGUUCCCUACGCCAAGGUCUGGCAGGUCUACGAAACCACAAGGGCGGCCUCGAAUGCUUGUUCUGCAAUGGCCCCGAACGGGUGCCUUACGUCUAUGACCGCAAGAACUAUUUCGAGAAGCAUCUCUUGCAUCACUGGCAGAGGGUGAAGAAGCUUCAUCCUGAGGGGCCAGAUCCUACCCCACGCCCUGUACAGCGGAAACAGCAGUAG